AUUGUUUCGCAAAUUUUCAUGGACACGGUGUCAAAAAUUAAAUUAAUACAAUACUGGAAAUUUUCUCGUGUCUCAAAUGCAGGCGAAAUUGGAAGUGGUGAUGUUCGAGUUGAAAUAUCUACCGAUAUGCCUCCGCGUUUCGUACCAAAUUGCAAACCCGAAUUGAAGCCAUUUAUCGGGCAACAUUUUAGCAGUUUGGAUGAUGCUUACGAAUUUUAUAGGCAAUACGCAGCUGAGUGUGGAUUUGAUAUUCGGCGUUCAACUAAGAAAAAGUCGUCGGACGGUUUCUUAAUCAGAAGCUAUAUUUUAUGCUCCAGGGAGGGUCAAAAGAAUUAUUCACGUGAACAUACAGAUGGAGAUAGUGACAGUAUUAAGAAACGAAGAAGAGUUUCGAAACGUAUUAACUGUGAAGCUAAAUUGAUUUUGAAGUUUGCUGGCCAAAAAGGAAAUGAGAACACAACGACAUGUACUUGCAAGAAAUUUACGAGGAUUGGUAGAUUAUGCAGCCACAUAUUAUUUGUGUUCAAAGAUUUGAAGCUUGAAAGCAUUCCUGAAAAAUAUAUAGUUAGUCGCUGGACAAAGCAUGCAUCGCUGAAACCCAUAUUCGUCGUGGAUGGUGAGGUAAUAGACCAAUGUGUUGCUAUCGAGGAUCGUAAAUCCAUCACUAACCAGAUUUUUUCAGAAUUUUACUCGUGUAUUGGUAUGGUUGAAGGUAAUAUAGAGUUAAUGAACGGGUUCCUAACUUGCCUAAAAGAUCAGAAAGAGAUGAUUGUGUCAGUUCAAGGAAAGCAAUCAGAUCCUGGCAUGAAAAAAUGUUUAUUUGAGAAGUAUUAUGGAGCUCCAUUGCCAAGCGAAGUUGAAGUGCUACCCCCAGCCCCAGUGAAAAAUAAAGGUAGUGGAAGUAGAUUGAAAUCUAGGAAGGAAAAGGCUAUCGAACGAAGCAAAAAGCCAUUGCGUAUGUGUAGUAAGUGUAAGCAGAAAAGUAGCCAUGAUGCUAGAAAUUGUGAUAAAUUUGCCAGUUGA